AUGGAUUUGAGGAUUGGACCAAAGGCAAUCCUCCAGGAGAUGCUAUACCGAAUCGAGCGAAUGGAGAAGACACUCCAUCGCAACACAGCAGCCUCGAAUCCUCCUGCAAAGCAAAAGUCUCCUUGCGGAAUUAUGGAUGACGAGGAUUCAAUUCCACCUCUGAACUUGCCUCUAACAAAAACUCCGGAGUUUCUGGCCAAGAUUCAAGCUAUCCUCAAUGAAUACUACCCAUGUCCUCAUCAACAAACAUUGCCUCAUGUCACAGAGGACACAACGACCUUAACUCUUCCUGAAAGUUAUAAAAGCUCUGAAAAACCAAAGGCUUUAAAUUUCCCAGUCUCCAAGAUCACAGUUGGUCAAUGGACACACACGGCUGUGUACCCGGAUGAUCUUAAGGCGAAAUUCUAUUUUGCAAAGAGGAAGCUUAUGUGGGAGAUUCUUGACAAUGUAGAACAAGUGCCGAGGCUAAAGAGAAAGAUGGAGAUCCAUUGGGCUGAUGUCUUGUCUCUGAAAACAACUUUUCACUCAGAUAAUGAAACCGGAACCCUCGAAGUCGAGCUGGGACGACGUCCAACAUUCUUCGUGGAGACUAAUUUACAGGCAGGAAAACAAACUAAAUGGAUCAAGAUGGAUCAAGAUUUCACCCUUAAUCAGUCUGCUUCUAAAUUCAGGAGACAUACACUUGAUUUUGCUCCUGGAGUUCUGCAAAAGAACUUUGAGAAGCUUGUGUCCAGCCAUAGCUUCUGGUCAGAACUCAUCAAAGUCCCUUUUCCAGUUUCACCUCCUUCCUUCGAGAUUGGCGAUGGCCAUAGCCAGACACUUAGCUCCAACGUCAACGAUGACCUUCUUCGUUAUGCUCGAGGUUUAGAACAUGAGCCAUAUGGAGAAAUGUACUUGAACAUGGCUACUCAGUUCUGCGCUAAUGAUGGGAGGCCAAUGAACGCAUUUGCUCAAGUUAAUCGCCAGAAUGAAACUAUGAAUCAGUUACCUGGGACGCAAGUUAUCCAACCAUCCUCUCAGCUUAUCAACAGGGGAAGCUAUGUUAGCGGGUCGCUGUUUAAUAAUCCGACGAGCCAAAUGAUAAACGCAGGGGUGUUACGUGGAGGUCAAGCAUUACCUGAUACACGAAUCAAUUCCUCGAUGGUGAAUCAACACAUGAACCAAGUCCCAUCAACACAUCGAGCCGGACCAUAUCCACAACCACAAGGCUACUUUGUUCAAGGAGAGACGCAGAACAUGAAUCACACACAUAAUGGUUAUGGUCAACAUGUGAACGAAGUCCCAUCAAUACAUCGAGCCGGACCGGAUCUAGGAGGCUACUCUGUUCAAGGAGAGCCGCAGAACAUGAAUCACACACAGCAUGGUUGUGGUCAAAAUUUCAGCAACAAGGAUGGUUCAGUGCCUCCUGAUUUCUAG